GACUGUCUGCUGGAGCACAACCACUGGUUGGACUCUGAGAGAGAGAAGGGGAGGGGGGGGCAAUGCUCACAUCACAAGGAGAGGGGGAAGAGAAGAGGAAGAGGAGAGAGACACAGUCACAGAAGUGAAGCGACGUGACAGAGCGGAGAGACGCGUACUGCCUCUGAGGAAAAGCAAGGCACUGUACAAGGGAGCAGUGCACUGAGAUGGAUCCCAUCCUGGAGGUCCUGAGUGGGGCCAACACUACUGGAGGCCCCUCCCUGAACCACAGCAACAACCCCCUGGACAUGUUCUCUGGCAUGCAGCUGCUGCUACGCUUCAAGCCCCUCUUCCUGCCCCUCUACUGCCUCCUGGUGGCUGUGGCCGGCGUAGGCAACUCCAUCCUGCUGGCCUGUAUCCUGGCCGAUAAGAAGCUCCACAACGCCACCAACUUCUUCAUCGGUAACCUGGCGGCCGGCGACCUGCUGAUGUGUCUGACCUGCGUCCCUCUGACCGCAUCGUACGCCUUCGACAGCCGCGGCUGGGCCUUCGGACGCCCUCUUUGCCACCUGGUGCCGCUGCUGCAGGCCGCCACUGUAUUCGCCUCGGUACUGUCCCUCACGGCCAUCGCCGUGGACCGCUACGUGGUGGUGGCCCACCCAGUGAGGAGGAGGAUCUCUGUCGGGGGCUGCGGCGCUGUGGCUCUGGGGGUGUGGGGGUUGUCUCUGGCCCUGGCUGCCCCUCCCUCCCUCCACACGCGCUACCUGGACCUGAGGCCUCGUGGGGUGGAGCUGGUGGUGUGUGAGGAGUUCUGGCCGAGCUCUGGCCAGCUCAGGCUGCUCUACUCCUGCUGUAUCCUGGUAGCUUCCUACAUGAUCCCUCUGCUGUCAGUCAGUGUGUCCUACUGUGCCAUCACAGUGCACCUGAGACGCCACACGCUGCCCGGAGAGCCCUCACACUGCCAGCAGCGCUGGAGCCAGAGGAGGAGGAAAACCUUCUCUCUCCUGGUGGCCUCUGUGCUUGCCUUUGCUCUCUGCUGGCUGCCCCUGCAGGUGCUGAACCUGCUGCUGGACCUGGACCCAGACUACCACAUCGUGGACAAGCGCUAUGUCAACGUGCUGCAAGUGUGCUGCCACCUGGUGGCCAUGAGCUCCGCCUGCUACAACCCCUUCAUCUACGCCUCCCUGCACAGCAAGAUAUGGCUGCACCUCAAGGGCUACCUGUGCCCUUGCCGCCGCCAGGGGCCCCCAGGGGGCCAGCUCCUCUCCCGCUGCACCUCCCGGAACCCGGCCACCUGUCUCAGCCUGCUCUCUGAGGUCCCCGCCCCCGGCAAAGAGACCCCGGGGGCCACUGGUCGAGAGUCCGACAGCACCCUCUGAGAACAUCAGGAACCACAGCAUGGUUUAUAGGUAGGGGUCAAAGGUGAUAUGCCAUAGCAGCAGCCAUUACAUAUAUCUCAUACACGCAGUUAGAGACGACGUAGGAGCAGGGAGGAGGGGGAGAAUGAGGAGAGGCAGAGAGACAGUGGGAUCAGACUUCUCUGGAGACCGUCAGCCCUCUGGAUCGUUCAUUCUAUUUGCCUUGGGUGUCACUACAGCAGCCCUGCUGCCAAGAACGAUGAGCAGGUCCCACAUCUUCUGUGAGGCAGAGCGCGUUAACACUGUUGGGACCUUGGGCUGGGAUGCAGGUCUGGAAAGCGGCAGAGGGGGGUGAUGACCCUGCUCUGAACUCCUCACUCUCCAAAUGGAUUACACACACGAAACAGAGGAGGGCAACAAGGCACAAACAGUCCGCAAGGAUAGCCCACUCUUUUCUGUUGUUCCCUCGUUCUACUCUGCCUUCGCCUGAUUAUGACAUGUUUCUUACUUUCUCUCCCUCUUCUUACUCUCUCUUGAUUCCUUUUUCCGAUUUAUUUCAAUGCAUGUAGCUUUACUUUUAUUUUGAUUCCUCUCUCUCUCUCCUUUUCUCUCUGUCCCCCUUUCCCUAGCC